CUCACAUUGACUAGGACACAUUCCGCAAAAGGGCUCUUCGCGAUGGUUGUAAAGGAGACUAUUCCUGACGAGGUCAACGGAGGUCGAAACCAGCCACUGCUGCGCUCAGCUCCCGCCGCUGCGCCACCCUUGCCAGGAGCCUUGGCAGGUAACGCGGGAGUAGGAGUCAUAUGCUACUCGAUUCACACUAUAUGACCUUCUUUUCUCCGUUUUCAUUAUACUUCAUAGCUUUCUUCGCAACCUUUCUUCGUCUUCUCGCCACCAUGGAGACCCCAGUCGACUCAACCCUCUUCCCAAAGAUCACCAACCACAUCGCAGAAGUAAUCAACACUCUGCGAUGGCAAGAGAGGGAUCUCGAUAACCCAGAGAAACAAGUCAUUCUGGAACCCAUCCCCAUCAUCGGCACCGUCAAGCUCCACGGCACCCACGCCGACAUCCUCGUCUUCGCCAACAACGACAUCGUCCUCCAGUCGCGAAACAAAGUCAAUCUUCGCAGCACGUCAGACAACCAUGGCUUUGCAACGGCCAUGGAGAAGAAGCGCGCCACACUGCUCCGUCUCCGAGACCGAUUCGUGGCACGGUGGAAGAAGCUGCAUCCCGGCGAAGAGCUCGACACAAGUCUUCCCGUCACGAUAGCAGGCGAGUGGAUAGGCGAGAAGAUACAGAAAGGCGUCGCUCUCAUGCACCUCUCCAAGCGGCUGGUCAUCAUCUCGGCCCGCAUCAACGGUCAGUGGGUCGCCGACAAGGAGUACGCGGACAUUGAAGCACCGGAAGAAGGCAUCUACAACAUCUCUCGCGGCGGCAUCUACCACUCGAUACUCUACCCCGAAGAUCCGCAGCACACUAUCGACGAGCUAGAACCCCUCGCCGAGAGGAUAGCGGCGUGCUGUCCCUUUGCAGAAACCUUCGGCGCUAUCGGCGACGGCGAAGGUCUAGUUUGGAAACUCGUACCAUACAUCUCGGACCCACAGCUCUGGUUCAAAACCAAGGGUGGAAAGUUUAAAUCCACGUUCGCGCCCGUGCCGAAGAAGCUCGCUGCAGGCUUCGAGGAGAAGCAGGAAGCUGCCGCCGCGGUGGCGAGGAUCUGGUGCUCGGAGCAGAGGAUGGAGCAAGGGUGGGACUAUUUGAGGGAGAAGGGCAUCGAGAGGAGUAUGAAAGGGAUUGGAGUGUUCUUGAAGUGGGUGCAGCGGGAUAUUUUGGUGGAGGAGCGGGGGUAUAUUGGCGAUAAUGGGGUUGAUGAAGGGAUGCUUAAGGCGGGGAUUAUUGCCAUUGCGAAACCGUGGUAUCUGGCGAGGGUAAACAAAGGAGAGAAGUGAAGCUUCUAUGCAACGACUUAGGGGUAGAUGCAAUGAAAGAUAGGGAUACGAAAUACGAGGCUGCAGCUGCAGGGGAGCCUGUAGAGCCUUCGUAUUCCGGGGCUAAGGUACGCUCAUGCUAC